AUGACAUCGUUUGUUCAAAUCAUUUUGAAACCUUUUAGAAAAAUUUGGCAUAUCGCUUACAAUAAAUGGUUUAAAUUCAAAAUAGAAAUUAAAUCACUUUUUUACAAUAAUUUUUUAGAUAUAAAUUAUGUUGGAGAUAUAUUUAUGGAACCGAUGUUUUGGUUCGUUGAUAACUUUACCAAAAUGCUGGGACCGUUUUUCAUAGCAGCAGUUAGUUGUUUAACUACUUGCAUUGUAUUAAUUUGUUAUGUGAUAGGGCUACCUUAUUGGUGGAAAAAAAGUCCUAUUACAACAAUAUUUUUAUUAAUAUUUGGAAAUUGGUUGCUUUUAAAUAUAGCAUUUCAUUAUUUUAUGGGAUGUUAUGUUUCACCAGGCUUACCUCCUAAAAGUGCACUCAUACCUGUUGCCGUUAGUAUUUGUAAAAAAUGCAUAGCACCAAAACCACCUAGAACCCAUCACUGCUCAGUAUGUAAUAAAUGCAUUCUUAAAAUGGAUCAUCAUUGUCCAUGGCUAAAUAAUUGUGUCGGAUUUUAUAAUCACAGACAUUUUUUUUUAUAUACAGUUUAUAUGACUGCAGGAGUUUUGUUUUUAAUAAUUUUCGGAGUGGAAAUUGCUUACUACUCUGUUUACUUAGAAAAAUCUUUAGACAAAUGUUUUGAUCCGGAAGAAGAAGAAGAAGAAGAAUUGAUUGGUCAUCCUGUAAAAUUUAAUAACACAGUAAUGAUUCCAGUAAUUGACCAUGAUGCUAAAAUUUGGGAUAUGAAAAAAAUAGAAAAAAAUUGUAUAAUAUUUACCGCCCUUAUUUGCUUAGGUGUAUUAAUAGCAUUAGGAUCUCUAUCAAUUUGGCAUGGUAGACUUAUAUCAAGGGGGGAAACGAGUAUCGAAGGAAAUAUUAAUAAGACUGAAACUAUUAGAUAUGCUAAACAAAAUAAAAUUUAUGUAAAUCCAUAUGAUUUCGGUUGGAAAACUAAUUGGAAAUUAUUUUUGGGUUUAAAUGAAGGUAGAACAUGGUUUCAUGUUCUUUUUCCUUCGACUCACAAACCUAUAGGAAAUGGUAUUAUGUGGGAUACAAUUUUUUCAGAAUAUAAUGAUAGUUUUUUAAAAGAAAUCGAAUACAAAGAAUUUAAGGUUGAGAAAAAAAUUUUCUAA